GAGAGCGGUGCGGAACGGAACGAACAGCGCGGGGCGCGCGCGGCGGCGCAGGAGGGCGAGCGCGGCGCGGGGCGCACUGAGUUGCGCAGGAGCGUGAGGGGCGGCUCGGCCGGGCGGGCGGGCCCGUGACUGGCAGAGGCCGCCGUUAACCGCUGCGGGAGAUGCCGCCGCCCUGAUCGGCACGUACCGGGUGAAGAAUGCGAGACCUAACAGCUGAGGUAACGAGCAGUCUGCUGCAGUUUCCAGAGGUGACUCUUCAGGCACUUGGGGAAGAUGAGGGAACCCUCGGCUCUGUGCUGUGCGGGAGGUUUUCUGGAGGGAGAAACGGCCUGGCGUGGUUGACACGUGGUCCUCAACUUGAGGUGGUGAACUCUGUGACAGGAGAGCGGCUCUCUGCGUACCGUUUCAGUGGAGUCAAUGAACAGCCUCCCAUUGUUCGUGUGGUGAAGGAGUUUUCCUGGCAGAAGAGAACUGGACUGCUGGUUGGGUUGGAAGAAGCAGAGGGAAGUGUUCUCUGUCUGUACGACCUUGGAAUAUCAAGAGUGGUUAAAGCAGUUGUUCUUCCCGGGAGGGUAACCGCUAUAGAACCCAUAGCGAAUCACGGUGGAGCGAGCGUGAGCACUCAGCACCUCCAUCAGAGUCUGCGAUGGCUCUUUGGGGUGGCAGCAGUGGCUACAGAUGUUGGCCAUCUACUUCUGGUUGACCUUUGUUUGGAUGAUUUAUCUUGCAGUCAGAAUGAAAUUGAAGCAUCAGAUCUAGAAGUUGUCACUAGAAUUCCUGCUGAAGUUGCACAAAGAAGAGAAACUGUGACCAGCGAAGGGAGACAUCUCUGUUUUCAACUACAAAAUGCUUCCGGAACAGCAGUAUCAGCCCUGUGCUACAUAAGCAGAAGCAACCAGCUCGUUGUGGGUUUCUCAGACGGCUACCUGUCGCUCUGGAAUAUGAAAACUUUGAAGAGAGAGCACCACUCUCAGCUUGAAGGAGGGAGGAUUCCUGUCUAUGCUGUCACUUUUCAAGAGCCUGAGAAUGAUCCUCGCAAUUGUUGCUACUUGUGGGCUGUUCAGUCUACGCAGGAAAGUGAAGGUGAUGUGGUGAGUUUACACCUGCUGCAGUUAGCAUUUGGUGACAGAAAACGCGUGGCCUCAGGACAAGUCAUGUAUGAGGGUUUGGAAUACUGUGAUGAAAGGUACAGUUUAGAUCUCACGGGUGGAAUCUUUCCCUUGAGAGGCCAGACCAGCAGUACUAAAUUAAUCAGCUGCCAGACUGUCGAAAAAUUUCGCAACCAUGUUGACAGAGAGGAUAGCGUAAAUGAAGUCAUAUCUCCUGACACCAGUGUCUCGAUCUUCAGUUGGCAAGUGAAUACAUAUGGUCAGGGAAAACCAUCUACUUACCUGGGUGUAUUUGACAUUAAUCGCUGGUAUCACGCUCAAAUGCCAGAUUCACUAAGGCCGGAAGAACUGCUCCAUGAGUGCCCCUAUUUUGCACUGUGGUCGCUGGAUACCGUAGUGAGCGUGACUUCUCCGAAGCUCCUUUUGGAUAUUCUGGUCCAUGAGCGGAGUCUAAGUCGGGGAGUUCCUCCUUCUUAUCCACCACCUGAGCAGUUUUUUAAUCCAAGCACCUAUAAUUUUGAUGGUACGUGCUUGCUGACCUCCGGAGUCGUUCACAUGACUUGCACCGGCUUCCAGAAGGAGACCUUGAAUUUUUUGAAGAAAUCUGGUCCUUCAAUAUGUGAAGCCAUUCAGGAUAGCUACAAUAGGUGUCUUGUAGCUGGCUUGCUGUCUCCAAGACUAGUUGAUGUCCAGCCAUCCAGUUUGAGUCAGGAGGAGCAGCUGGAAGCAGUAUUGUCAGCUGCUGUCCAGACAGGUUCUGUAGAACUUCUGACUGGAUGCAUUAAACAUUGGAUAUCUGAAGAGCAGCCAAGUUCUGCUGGUAAUUUACGGUUUGUUCUUGAGUGGACAUGGAACCAAGUGAUCUCUACAAAAGAAGAAUUUGACCAAAUCUGUGUUCCGCUGUUUGAUGGCUCUUGCAACUUCAUUGACCCCCAGACAUUACGGUCUCUCCAGCACUGCCAGUUGCUUUUGAGCAACCUUAGCACGGUCUUAAACUGUUUUCUCACAGAAGCACAAGAGCUUACUGAAAAAGGUUUUGCAGACUUGACAAAUAAGGAAGUGGUUACUAGCCUCAUUUCUUUGUAUGCACAAGUGGUCAUCUGGUUCUGUCGAUCCGGUCUCCUUCCAGAGGGUUUAGAUGAUGCCAUGCAUUUGUCGAGACCUUUCUACAAUUAUCCUCUGAUUGAGAGCUACUAUACUGGUCACCGACAGAAACUUGAGCGUUUAUCAAGAGGAAAAUGGGACUCGGACUGCUUGAUGGUUGAUGGAAUGGUUUCCCAGUUAGGAGACCAAGUGGAGAAGCUGUGGCGGAGAGAUGCAGGAGGAACUGGGAAAUACCCGCCUGCCAGUUUGCAUGCACUGCUGGAUCUCUAUUUGCUAGAAAACAUUGAAGAAAACUGCAAACACGCAAUUACAAUUUACUUGCUGCUGGAUAUCAUGCAUUCCUUUCCGAAUAAGACAGAAACUUCAAUCGACUCCUUCCCAACUGCCUUUGGCAUCCCUUGGGGUCUUGUUAAACUUGUUCAAGGUUGUUGGCUUCUAGAUCACAAUGAUUAUGAAAAUUCACUGGCCCUGCUCUUUCAUCCCGCUACAAUCAAAACCGCGUCAUGGCAACACAAGAGAAUUAUUCAAUCCCUCCUGUGCCAAGGGGAGCAUAGGCAAGCCCUCAGAUAUAUCCAGAUGAUGAAUCCAUCAGUGUCAAGCAGCGGGGAAGUGCAGCUUCUCCUCACUGUGUUGCUCUCCAAUAGGUGUAUGGUGGAGGCUUGGGGUCUGUUGCACCAACAUGCCACUCAGGUAAACUUAGAAGACCUCUUAAAACACAUGUACGAAACGUGCCGGGAGAUGGGCCUGAUGGAAGACUUACUGAAGCUGCCUUUCACAGACACCGAACAAGAGUGUUUGGAGAAGUUUUUAAGGACCAGUGCUGGUGUUCAGAAUCAAGAAUUCCUUUUAGUCCACCAUCUGCAGCGUGCCAACUACAUUGCAGCACUAGAGCUGAAUCAAUCCAUGAAUGUCAAUCUUAUGAACGAUCGUGAUCCUCGCUUGAGAGAGAGAGCAGUGUCCAGAAAUUCUAUAUUAGAGCAGUAUGGCAAGAUCCUUCCACGAGUUCAAAGGAAGCUGGCUGGAGAGAGAGCCAAGCCUUACCAUUUGCCUUCAUCGGUCUUAAGAGAAGUCUCAAGACCAACGCCAUUAUCCACAGUAACAAAACAAGUUAAUGCAGGGAAUGUGCAUACGAGAGCAACUUUCAUCAGUACUGUAUUGUCUAAAAUUGGAGAAGUCUGGGAAGGAAAUGUGCAGGAAACCAGUUUCUCACAAGUUGAUAGACCUCGAGCUACAGGACCACCAGCCAUAACACAUCCUCUCCCUGGUGCAGAGUUGCGCGAUGCAUUUGUUGGGACGCCAGUUACGAAAUCUUCAUGGAAGCGUUCCAGGUUGCUGGAUUUGGUGGUUCGUCCAGUUCCUUCAUGUUCUCCAGCACAGGGUGGUAGCUGGCAUUCACCAUGCAGAACUUCCACUUCAUUCAUGGCAUCCAGCCCAUUGAGAUCAGAUAUGCAUGGUUCUGUCUCACAAAAGAAUUUUUUAGGAGCAUCAGAGCUGAAUUUACUCGAGACUCCUGUUGUGGUUAAGAGAGCUAAAGUUUUGGCCACAUCUGCUUCUGGUUUUCCUGGGUUUACUCCUCAGUCUAUUCUCAGAUCCAGCCUUCGCACCACUCCCCUAGCUACUCCCUCCGCGUCUCCGGGACGAUCGGUCACUCCUCCUUUACGAGCAAAGGAGCCUAGGAUAUCAUUCAGGGAGGAGAACUCGAAUGCAGCGUGGACUGUUGGGGUGACAGAAGAUGCUAAAGUGCUGUCUGGACCUUCGUCUGAGCAUCAUCAUCGUGGAGUGGUGGAGGAUGCUUGGUCGGAAAGUAGAGCUAAACCAACUCUGUUGACUCUGAGCAAUCCCGAGGAUGAUCGUGCUGAAACGGAAGAGUCUUCAGAAAGCAUACCUGGAGAUGGUUUGGAGAAAAUGGAUGUCAGCAAAGAAAAUAGUAACAUCUCUGCCAGGUCAGACCAAACGACUUUGGAGUAUCAUGAUGCAAAAUCACCUGGUGAUUUGGAAGAUGACGUCAUCUUUAUAGCUGCUAAAGCAGCUCAUUCCUCCACUGAAGAAACUGCCCAUUUUCAAGAAUUCGAGAAGGAAGAAGGCAGUGAAAUGGUUGAAGGAUGCGUGGAAGAUUCAAAUGCUGAAUGUCUUGCACUUUCUGCGGAUGUGAAAUUGGCGUUCCAAGCAGCUGAGGCUGCUACUUUUGGGACUGCAUGUGAAAGAAGUGAAACAAACUACCAGGAGUCCAAAAUGUCCUCUUCGUCCGAAGAAAAAGCCAUAGCAGUUGCACCAAAUGCACAGCUUUCUGCAUCCCCGGAGACAGACGCUGUGAUAAGUAUCCUUGACAGUGAGGACAUGGUCAGUACUCAUUCAGAAAAUCGCCUCGAGGGGAAGUGUGUGGAUUUACCUGAAGACCAGAACCAGGAAGCAGCUGAAGUUGAAGAAAAUGUUCCUUUUCUGCAGGAAGAAAUAACUCUUUCUCUCAAUCUUCCUAAAACUGAGGAAACGACUGUGAUUGAAGACAGUGGGGUUAAGGCACAAAUCUCUGAAGAGGCACCGGAAACACCACCCUAUAGUGAACGACAUCCAUCAGGCAAUCUUCCAUACACCUGUGAUCCUAUAGAGCAGCAGUUUGCAUGUGAUUUGCCUGACGAUAAAGAUGGUGAAUGUGAUGCAGCUGAGGGAGAUGGAGAGCUUUUUAUAUCUCAGAGUAAUUUUACUUUAGUCUUGGAAGAAGAAGGUGGUGAAGGGGAGAUGGGAGACCCUACACUAGGAGAUGCUUCUAAGCCGGCUGGCGCAACAACAGAGGAGAAACCUGUGAACAGUUUAGGAAAUACUGAAAACCAAGAACACGUUACAAACUCAGUGUCCACUGUAACUAAUGAUCAGGAAUCUCAAAAUAUUGUAGAGUCGCUUCCAUAUGUGCCUGAACCCAUUAAGGUGGCUAUUGCUGAGAACUUACUGGAUGUAAUCAAAGACACAAGAAGUAAAGAAUUCACGUCUGAAGUUGUAGAACAAUCUAUUCAUGAAACCAUAGGAAAAAAGGGAACUAGAUUCCAGAAGGCCAGAGCUCCUUUAACAACUGUGCCAGAAGGAGUGGAAGAUGAAACCAGCAUCCAUCAAGUGGAGUAUGUUAGCACUCCUAGAACACGCACAAGGGGACAACUGAGUAGAAGUUUAAGUAUUCCAUCUGCAGGUGCUCAGCAACUUCUGAAGGCAGAUAAACCGUUUCUGGUUGGACUGUCUCCUCGGAGAAGUACCAGGCGAGCCAAAGAAGCCCCUGAGACUUCUGGUCUUCAAACAGAAGAAAAUGCUCAAGGUGAGCAAACACCUGUGAUGCCUGUUACUCCUAGGAGAGGUAGGAAGCCUAAAGUGACUAACGUACAGAAAGUAGAAAGCAGCCAUUCUGACGGACAAACAUUGUCCGUCAGUACGCAGUCCAUAGCCGUUACUCCAAGAAGAGGAUUAAGGAGAGCAAAGGAAGCUACGUCUGAAGUCUUGGAAGAAGAGGCUAUUGAGGAAACGUCUCUCUCUGAGGGUAGCAUUACUGCUUCUGCUGCUUCCAAGAGGACUAGAGGAGGAAAAAGUUCAGCAGGAGAUCAAGGACCUGGCCAGGCUGACCCUGAUCAUAAGGUAAAACCAGCCGUCAGUCCCAGCAGAAGGGCAGGAAAACUGAAGGGCAUUAAUUCACAAUUUACUGAAAGUAUUGUCAAGGACCAAGAGGCGCAGUCUAGUGACCAAGUCCUUUUACCUGUGCCAACUAAAAGAGGCAGAAGAAGAAAGAUGAGUUCAUCAGAAGUUUCAGAAAAUUCUGACCUUGAUCUGUCUAGAUCGUCACUUCCUCAAACAGAAUUUAAACUUCCUGUGACUCCUAGAAGAAGUGCUAGGAAGGGGGCCCAAAAUCUCUUGGCAGAGAUACAAUCUCUCUCUACUCAGGAAGGCAUACAUUCAGGUGGGAAGGUGGAAAUCCUUGCUACUCCCAGGAGAAGUACCAGAAGAGUUCCACAUGCUAAGCCAGAAAAAACGGAUACUCAUGAGCAAACACCUGCACAGCCAAAGGAGGAAUUAACCCCACCCAGGACGGCAGUAAGGACAGGGCGUCGGGGCAGAAAGAGACGAGCAGUGUUGGAGGAGAGCACAGGGGAGGGGGCCUUCCCCCAGGGACCUGGUGGCAGUCCUUUGCUGCUUGAAGACUUAAAUCCAUCAGGACGUGAUGAAACAUCAAGAACUUCAACAGAUCGCGUUAUGAGCACCAGAUCCCGCAAAACUGCCGUGCAUCAGAAACUGCCUGUUGAGGAAAAUGCGUCCUUCCUUUUCUCCCCUCCUCUCACAAAGCUGACAAAGAAAUGUAAAGCUGGAGAAGCAGACCGUUCUGUGCAGCUUAAGGAUUUGGACCCGGACCUGUCUUCUCAAUUUGUCUUUUCACCUCCUCUUUUGAGGUCCAGGAGAAAAAAUGUAUCUAGCGUUUCCCGAAUUGGGAAAGAACCGCCGCUUCUGACUAAGGAGGAGGAGGAUGCCAAAUCUACAGAGUCUGUGGGAAAGCAAAAAUUGAAGAGAGGUAGAACUGCAAAAUCAAAAAUGAAGAAAGCGAGCAAGAUCACGAGAAAAGAAGGCUCUUGGUCACCUCCACCAGUGGAAAUAAAAUUCGUCUCUCCUUUUGGAACUCCAGCAGAUGGAACAAAAAGCAAACAGAAAGAAACCGCAGACACGGCAGAGAAGACUCUACGAAAGAACAAAAAAAGACUGUCUAAUUUUCCAAAGCCAGUUGUGCGUCGGAAGAUGCUGUAACGGUGUUUUAAGUUUAUAAUGUACACACACCACUGUUCGUAAAGUCAUCAAAACUGUGUGGAUUAGUAAAAAGAAAAAAAAAAUCAUCUAAUUUGGAAGAGCUAAUUUAUAUAAAUUAUUGUAAAAUUUCAUAAACAAACGGUCUUCAAUAAGUAACUCCAUAUGGAGUGUUAUUUCCUCCGUCAAUGCAGUUUUCUAUUUUAUAGUAAGACUUCAUACAUUUAUAUAAUAUGUAAAUACAAGUUAUUUUAGGAUUGUUAAAUAAAAAUGUAUACUUCACAACAUGCUUACUGUCUGAUAGCUUUUUGAGGGAACAUAGGGUUGAAUGGCCUUUAUAGGUCAGAAAUGUUAAUGUUGGUUUGCAAGAGUGUUUAAAGCCUUCGAAAGUGAGGCCAAAAGCUUUUUAAGCUUUUUAAAGUUUGCUUAGAACUCCUUUAACAAGUAAUCGUGUAAAAUGUACUAGUGUAAAUUUUAUAAAUGAUUUUUGACCUUCUGGCACAAAUAAUUGGGCUUACAAUACAAAAUGAUAAUUCCUUACAUUCACAGUUAAGUUGUAUUGUAUCGAAGUCAGAAUGUAAACAAUUGUAUUUUAAGCUGUGCAAUAUUUUUUUGUAUUUGUCUUAAAACUUUGGGAAAGCUGCUCUUUAGCCCAUAAAACUGUAUCACACCUCAGAUGUUUCCUCAUUGUUUACAAUUCGUUGUCAGUAAAAAAUUAACUGUAUAGAGAGUGUGAUGCUUACAGUAGCAUAUCAAAUUUAAAGGGAUAUUACCCACAUAGUUUGAAAUUUGAGCCAAAAUUAUUUUCAUAAGGUUAGUAAGAAUGCUACUAUAAUUGAAAUAAUUAUUGCCUGUAAACAUAGCUUGCAAUAUUUGAAGCCUGCAUAUCACAGCACUGAAAACCUGAUGGUAAAGCUAACGUAGUAGUCUGAAAAAGGCACAAAAAUGUAUAGAAAUCUUCAUUACAAACCGUAUUUUUGAAUAAUUUUUUGUUAAUAAUUGUGGGUUAUGAGGUAAAUGUCCCUGUAAGGCUUCAAUUUGUAAAAGCAAAUUCAAAAAAAAUACUCUUUUAAAAACAGACACGGAAGUACUAUUUUGAUGUGCAGUCUUUUACACAAUGGAUUAUUUUUAUGUAUGUCAAUUUAUACAUGGAUGCAACUUUGAAGACUACGGAAUGGUGGAACCUGACAUUAAACUCUUCAAUGAGUAAAAACUACUACGUUUACUCCAAGAAAUAAUUUAUUGGUUAACUAAUACCUUACACAUAAUGGAUGAAUGUAUGUAUUAAUAACAGACUAAGCUUGUAAAAGAAGCUUCUUCUAGGGCCAUGGCUUUUCUGUCUCAGAACAGGUCAUUCUAGAGAAGGAGCUGCAUGCGCUUGGAUAUUUUUCUCUUUGGGAGUAUUCAUGACUGAAUGAAAGCUUGAGAAAAGAAUGACAAAUGUUGACAGUGUGAAAGUGGCAGUUCGAGUGAGUCCUUUCAGUCAGGUUAGUAAUUGUUUACUCGGAGUAUUUUGUACUUGAACUACAAUAUAGUCAAAGAGGAAAGGUGGGGGAAGUUCUAGCAAUAUUUUUUUAAAUUCACGUAGUAGAGAAAUGCAGUGAAUAGCUCAGAAAAUGAGGUAAAAGGUCAGACUUUCAAACCCGGAAAAGAAAAUUGAUGUCAAAUCUGAAUGUAUGUUUUGUGUAGGGCACAAGAGUAUUUAUAAAAUGCUCUGAUUUCUGAUCAACUAGAAUUGACUGAUGAAAUGCUAAUGAAGAUCACUUAAUAGGACUUGAACAUGUUUCUGUCAUUUAUACUAGAGUAUAUUUUUUGGUCUGAAAAUUAAUGGAAUCAAAUGAAAACGUAUUAGCUAGUCUUAUUAAUUUGUAGUCAUUUUUAACCUCUUAAUUUUAUAACCAGCUCAGCUGAUUUUUCUUCAUUUGGCAAUGCUUUGGAGGAAAAAAGAAAGCAGUAGUAAUAAUAAGAAAAUUGGCCUGUGAUUUAAUAACUUCCUAAAGGUUUGUAAUAGUCUAGUAAUUUUUUUACCUUAAUGGAGUUUUAUUCCAAUUACAUGUUAAAAUGUUUUCCUCUCCCCCCCCCCCCCUUUUUUUUUUCCAGUUACCUAGAUCACUGGACAGUUCUUGUGUGCUGACCAGUUUCCCCAGGGAGCAGUUUAAGAAGAACAGGAGUGUAAGCAUAACGUAUAACAAGGAAAUGGGAUUUCAGAAAGUUGAAGAACGUAGAAGGAAAUCGAAGCAAAAGCAGGCACUGGGGAUUUUUUUGGUAGAGCCUGAGAGAAGGAAAAGAAGCUAGCUAACAGCAUUAAGACGGCAACUCAAGGAGUUUAUAAUGAAGUGGAGAAAAUAGAUUUUCCUUUGGGUUUUUCUUGUGUAGGCUCGCUACAAGUAUGUGAAGGGUAGAGGGGAAAAGAUCACUUCAACAAGGGUGAGAGGGAUCCAGCGCAUGGGCAGUGCUGCUUAACAGUGAGGUUGAAUUGGGAAGGAGACUUGCCUUUUAAAAGAUUAAAAUGGCUUGGACAUGAGUGGCUGAGCAGGCUAGGAGUCUUUAAUAGAGACUUGCAGGUGCUUGCACAUGUAUUUGAGAGGAUGUUAAUGUUCGUGGUGCCAGAGAAGAGCAGGAAAGAGGGAUGACGCACCGCUGUGGUGGAUGCGUGCAGAAAGCUCUAGGGGCACAGAGCAGCAGUUCUCUUGUGAGCAAGAUGAGAAUUUCCCGGGAGCUACUUGGUACAGUUCAUCACUAAACACGACAAUUCUGAAGGUUUGCUAUAGGAAAUUGAAUUGCUCGAGGGGUGUGUGUUUUUCUCGCCCUGAAGAAAAACUAGACUUUCUCAAGAGUGUUGUCGUGCGUCUGCUUUGAUCUAAUGUCAGACGGCUAAAAGCUGAAGCUAAAUUGUGCAUCUGUAUCUUUGGGGCCGUAACCCCAGAGAAAUGCCACUGGAAGGUUAACUACCUUGGAGUAGACUCUCACCUUUCAGAAAGAACAAAAGUAGGUGUAUUGACACAUUUUAUUUCCAGGAAACACAUUUGCGAAGUUAUUAGUGAAGGGAGAAUGACUUUUAAUCAGAUUAAGGGCUGUUGUUAGAAGGGAAUUUGUCAAGAAAAUAGAUGUUUCAGUAGAAAUGGUUCGUGAGUUACUUCAGAGAUUUAACACAAACACUCAUAAGACUUUUUUUUUCUUCAAAUGUUUAUAAGCCAAGGCUGAUGAAAGUAUUAAUUCCAGGUUGUAACAUGAAGGAGAAUUAGAGCAAAUCCAUUUUACUUUUGAUAGCUGUUUAGUGCUUAAAGCAUUGACUGAUUCACAUGGACUUAGUUUAUUUGCCUUAAUAUUUGUACAUGCCCAGUGUGCAAAUAAGGCCACAGAUAACCAAGUGGUUUAAUCAGAACUUCCUCUCAUGGAAGACUAUUCUCAGGGUUGUCAGCGCAAUAAACUUAUUUGCUGCAAUGUCAUCAGUUCCCAUGUAACUAGUCAUAAAUAGCUUAGCUGUUGAUUUCUGGUGGGGAAAAAAGAAGCUACAGCCAGAGGCCAGUUGGUAGCUUCUCGUGAGUUGUUAGGCAGUGCUUGUAACCUGUUAGUCUAGGCCCCCCUGAAAAUACUAUGAAGUAAUAGAAUUUCAAGUAAUAAGAUAGCAUUUGUUUCUUAUUUUGUUUGUACUUUUGUCUUCUGUGCAAAAUUUGCAGGUUUCCAUUCCAGGAAUGCUUUUUUCACCAAAGUAGUCAAGGUAAUGAGUCUCUUUGAUAUGCUUGGAGAUAAAUGUACUGUGGCUCCUUUUGA